CACGAACCAGCGGCAUCUGGACUGUUCAGCAGCCCGCGCUAUCCUCUCCCGCUCUGAGCCAAGGACGCCAGCCCAAACCGCCCUCGCUGCCGUCACAGUUACCGCCAGUUUAGGGAUACCUGCCUGCCAAGGACAUCCCACAUGGACAACAGCUUUACCAAGAGUCCCGAGGAGGUCGUCAAGACACUCGAGUCGGAUCGCCGAAACGGCCUCACGGCCGCCGAGGCCGACCAGCGUCUGGGGCGAUACGGCCGCAAUGAACUGCCCGAGGAACCGGGCACACCCUUGUGGAAACUGAUUCUGGAGCAAUUUGAGGAUCAGCUGGUCCUCAUUCUCCUGGGCGCCGCCGUCGUUUCAUUUGUACUGGCCGCCCUCGAGACGGACGAACAAGAAAAGACCACUGCCUUUGUGGAGCCCGUCGUUAUCCUCCUGAUUUUGAUUGCCAAUGCCGUCGUCGGCGUCGUCCAAGAAACCAAUGCCGAGAAGGCCAUCGAGGCCCUCAAGGAAUACUCCCCAGAUGAGGCCAAGGUUAUCCGCAACGGCACGGUCCAGACCAUCGACGCCCGUCUGUUGGUGCCCGGCGAUGUUGUCGAACUCGUCGUUGGCGACAAGGUGCCCGCCGACUGCCGCGUCCUGGAAAUCAACACCUCGUCAUUCAAGGUCGACCAGUCGAUUCUCACCGGAGAAUCCGUCUCGGUCAGCAAGGAGGCCCAGACGAUCGUCUCGGAUCCCGGCGCAGUCAAGCAGGACCAGAUCAACAUUCUCUUCUCCGGAACGUCCAUCACUGUCGGAAAGGCCAAGGCUAUUGUCGUCCAGACUGGUCCCCAUACUGCCAUCGGCGGCAUCUUCAAGUCGAUCUCGGAGCAAGAGGAUGAUAAGACGCCUCUCAAGAUUGCCCUCGACGAGUUUGGCGACCAGCUCGCCCGCAUCAUUUCCAUCAUCUGCGUCCUGGUUUGGGUCAUCAACAUCCGCCACUUCAACGAUGAGCACUUCCACGGCAACUGGCUCAAGGGCGCAGUCUACUACUUCAAGAUCGCUGUCGCCUUGGCGGUUGCCGCCAUCCCUGAAGGUCUUGCCGUCAUCAUCACCACUUGCCUCGCCCUUGGAACCAAGAAGAUGGCCCAGCAGGGCGCCAUCGUCCGCAAGCUCCGCAGCGUCGAGACCCUUGGAUGCACCAGCGUCAUCUGCUCUGACAAGACCGGCACCCUGACUACCAACCAAAUGAGUGUUCGCCGAGGUCUCGUUGUCGAGUCCGAGGGCGGCGUGUUCAACGAAGUCCAGGCUGAGGGCUCCACCUACGGACCCGAGGGACGCAUCCUCAACGCCGAGGGCAAACAAGUUGAUCGUGACAUCCUCAGCAACAACGCUGUCCUAAACGAGCUUAUCCAGAUCUGCGCCCUUUGCAACGACUCCCGCAUCGUCUUUGACGAGAAAUCCGGACAGUUCCAAAAGUUUGGCGAGCCUACCGAGGCGGCUCUCAAGGCCUUUGUCGAAAGAGUCGGCACGGACUCUCCCGCCUUCAAUAAGCAGCUGCCCGUCAUCCCCGAUGCCAACGCCCUCGGCAAGAUUGACCACAAGACCAAACUUUGGAGAGCCGGCCAGGCCGCCGACCACUUUGCGUCCAAAUACAAGCGCCAGGCUACUCUCGAGUUUUCGCGCGAUCGCAAGUCCAUGUCUGUCCUUCUGAGCCGCCAGCAGGACGCCCCCGUAUUCGGAACCUCGCCCCUGACCCGCGUCGCUAGCCAGCAGAGCGGAAGUGGCUCUGUGCUGUUUGUCAAGGGCGCCCCCGAGCAAAUUCUUGAGCGCUGCAAGUACAUCCGACUGUCCUCCUCGCCCGGCAAGCGCGUCGAGCUCACCGAAACCCUGCGCCAAGCGAUCUUGAAGAAGGUUUACACUUGGGGUGAAGCCGAGUCCCUGCGCGUCUUGGCCUUCGCCGCCGUUGACCAACCCAACAUUCCCGAGCCCACCAAGAUUGACCCCAGCAGCUACGCCAAGAUCGAGUCGCAGAUGACCUUUGUUGGUCUCGUCGGCAUGCUUGAUCCUCCUCGCGAGGAAGUCAAGGAGUCCAUUCGAAAGUGCAAGGCGGCCGGCAUUCGCGUCAUUGUCAUCACCGGAGACAACAAGAAGACCGCCGAAUCGAUCUCGCGAAAGAUUGGCGUCUUUGGAGAGCAUGAGGAUCUGGCCCACCUGAGCUACACCGGCCGCGAGUUUGAUGAUAUGACCCCAACCCAGAAGAAAGAAGCCGUCCGCCGCGCCUCGUUGUUCUCGCGAACCGAACCCAGCCACAAGGAGGAGCUCGUGGAUCUCUUGAAAGAGGAUGGAUGGAUUGUUGCCAUGACCGGCGAUGGUGUCAAUGAUGCCCCUGCCCUCAAGCGAGCCGACAUUGGUGUUGCCAUGGGCAGCGGUACCGACGUUGCCAAGCUCGCCAGUGAUAUGGUCCUUGCCGACGACAACUUUGCCACCAUUGUGGCUGCUGUCGAGGAGGGCCGUAGCAUCUACGCCAACACCAAGCAGUUCAUCCGCUACCUGAUCUCAUCCAACAUUGGCGAGGUCGUUAGUAUCUUCCUCACAGUCGUUCUUGGCAUGCCCGAGGCCCUGAUCCCCGUCCAGCUGCUCUGGGUUAACCUGGUGACCGACGGACUUCCGGCCACGGCUCUGGGCUUCAACCCUGCUGAUCAUGCCAUCAUGCGUCGACCGCCUCGUUCGUCGAAGGAGCCCAUCGUCACCACUUGGCUCUUUAUCCGUUAUAUCGUGAUCGGCACCUACGUUGGCAUUGCCACUGUGUUUGGCUAUGCCUGGUGGUUCAUCUACUACAGCAACGGUCCCCAUAUCACCUGGUAUCAGCUGACCAACUUCCACAAGUGCUCGACCCUGUUCCCUGAUAUCGGAUGUGACAUGUUUGCCAACUUUAUGAGCAAGAAAGCCACGACCAUGAGUCUGUCGAUUCUCGUCGUCGUCGAGAUGUUCAACGCGAUCAACAGCUUGUCCGAGAACGAGUCGCUCCUUACCUUUGGUCUCCAGAACAACCUCUACCUGGUCUUUGCCGUCACGCUCUCCAUGGCCCUGCACUUUAUGAUCCUUUACGUUCCCUUCUUCUCGGAUCUCUUUGCGAUCACGCCCCUCGGACUCGAGGAAUGGAAGUGGGUUCUCCUCAUCUCGCUCCCCGUCAUUUUCAUUGACGAGGCUCUCAAGUUUAUCAGCCGCACCUGGGUCCAGAAGGAGACCCAGGUUACCAGCAAGAGCAAGUCGGACUAGAGACCCACUCCUCCUCCCCCCUUUCCCCUCGUUAGACAUGGUUGCAGCGAGUAUCAGGGCUCGAUGAGAAGCGUGGCCGGGAGCGUUUGGCUUUGGCACUGUCCGUCUGGACGCUCUUGCCUGGGUGUAAAGUAGCAUGUGGCACUUUCUGGAGUUGCAGGGACUCGCUGUCAUCGCGAGCCGAAAUACAUAUUCUCGACAUCUUCCAUCCCA